CCUAUAUAUUUCCGUUGCGAACAAAGCUACAUCUCCAAGUCCACUUAGCCAUUGUUCAACAUACCAUAGAUUCUAUUAUCCUUUGAUUCUCUUUUGAACAUCAACUAUGGAAGUUGGGCGACAAAUUUUGCAAUGUCAAACUAAUUCUGAAGCCUUUGCUAUUGAUCAACAAAGGCGAUCUGCCAAUUAUAAGCCUAACAUUUGGAAAUAUGAUUUCUUGCAGUCUCUUUCUAGUAAAUAUGAUGAAAAGCAGUAUAAAACACAAGCUGAGAGGCUCAGACAGGAUGUUAAGCAUUUAUUUGUUGAAACAGUGGAUUUACAGGCCAUAUUAGAGCUUGUUGACUGUAUCAGAAAGCUAGGCCUGGCAAGCCACUUCAACGAUGAAAUCAAAGAAGCUCUAGAUUCAGUAGCAUCAUCCAUGAAGAACAACAACUUCAACGUGGAAGGCAAUCUGUAUUUCGCUGCCUUAAGUUUUAGGCUUCUCAGGCAGCAUGGCUACGAAGUUUCACAAGAUGUGUAUGGAGAAUUUUUGGACGACAAGGGUACUUCCAUGAAAAUCCAAUGCGAGGACAUUAAAGGAGUACUCGAGGUUUAUGAGGCCUCACAUCUAGCUGCAGAAGGUGAAACUAUCUUAGAUAAUGCAAAGGCUUUCUCAGCCCGAAUUCUCAAGGGUAUCAAUAAUUGUACAAUCAAAGAAGGCAACAUUUUUUCACGUGUGGUCCAUGCUUUGGAGCUUCCACAACAUUGGAGAGUGCAAUGGUUUGAUGUCAAAUGGCAAAUCGACACUUACGAAAAUGACCAAAAAAUAAAUAAAUUAUUGAUUGAUUUGGCUAAAAUCAAUUUCAACAUCGUCCAAGCCACACUUCAAAAAGAUCUAAAGGAGAUUUCGAGGUGGUGGAGGAAUUUGGGUCUAACAGAGACUCUGAAAUUCACAAGGGAUCGAUUGGUGGAGAGCUUCUUGUGUUCUGUGGGACUUGUAUUUGAGCCUCACUUCAGCUGUUUUAGAAAAUGGCUUACUAAAGCCAUCGUUAUGGUAUUAGUCAUAGAUGAUGUCUACGACAUUUAUGGUUCACUGGAAGAGCUGGAGCAUUUCACCAGUGCUGUUAAUAGGUGGGAUUCCAGGAUAAUUCAACAGCUGCCAGAAUGCAUGCAAAUAUGCUUCCAAGUACUUGACAGUAUCGUUAAUGAAACUGCAAGUGAGAUGGAAAGGGAGAAUGGGUGGAACCAUGCACAACCUCACCUUAAAAAAGCGUGGGCAGAUUUCUGUCAAGCAUUACUUGUGGAAUCAAAAUGGUAUAAUAAAGAACAUACGCCAUCCUUGCAUGAGUAUUUGAACAACGCUUGGAUUUCAUCAUCAGGAACUGUCCUUUCAGUUCAUUCAUUUUUCUCUAUAAUGAAUGAGGUAGAAGAAGACAAGCUAGAUUUUUUUGGAAAAAAUCAAGAACUGGUGUAUAACAUAUCUCUCAUAAUCCGUCUCUGCAACGAUUUAGGAACUUCAGAGGCAGAACAAGAGAGAGGAGAUGCUGCUUCAUCAAUAGUGUGUCAUAUGAAAGAAACAAAUGUUUCAGAGGAGACAGCUAGAACCUACAUUAAGGACAUGAUAAGCAAGUCAUGGAAGAAAGUAAACGGACAAUGCAUAGCCAAAUCACCUAAGCUGCAGUCACUUGUCAAUAUCAACACCAAUAUGGCUCGUGUGAUGCAUAACCUUUAUCAAUAUGGAGAUGGGUUUGGUGUUCAAGAUCGUGAAAAUAAGAGGCAGAUCCUCUCCCUCCUGGUUGAUCCACUCAAACUCAACUGAGAUGAAGAUUUCAUUACUGGCUUGCUAUUGUAAUCUAGGUUCACAGUAUAAUUAAAUGCUGUAUGGAGUACUUAAAAAAUUUCAAUUCAACUUCUUCUAAUGUAUGUCCAUUCUACAAAGCAAUAAAAGUAAUUUCACAA